CGAUACUGCCCAGUCAGGGAUAGGUGGUAUCAGUAUUGCAGUUCUUAGCUCUGGUCAAUCGUCGGCGCGCUUGUUUCACAUAUGAUUCGUUGAGCUAAGCCUUCGUCGCUAUCGUACGGCCGGAAUCCGGCUCGCGUUCAGCAUGGGGGAUUCAGGCGAGCCGUUUUCGCUGGACUUGCACGGGCCGGGGGCGUCCGCUCUCCGCGCCGUCGUGCGCGACAAGCUCGCCGAUUUCUCCGAGAGCUUUACUGACGACGUCCUCGCGGAGUACGUGGUGGUGCUGGUGGCUCACGGCAAGCACAGGAGCCAGGCAGCCGAGGAUCUCGAGGCGUUUCUGGGCGACCAAACUGCCGCCUUUGCCGACUGGCUUUGGUCCCACCUGUCGGCCAACAUUGGCAAGUACAACGCGCCUGCUACCUUGGAGGAUGCCGGCGCAGGGAAGGAAGUGAAAGGCGUGCCUGUGCGGGAGGAGGGGAAGCGAGACGAGAGGAAGCAGGGAGAGGAGGGAGGUGGCAGGGAGGGUGGUGAAGUAAGGGAGGAGGACAGAGGGGGUUGGGAGGAGAGGGGGAGAGAAGAACGGGUCAGGGAGGAGAGAGGGAGAGAGGAGAGGGGGAGAGAAGAACGGGUCAGGGAGGAGAGAGGGAGAGAGGAGAGGGGAAGGGUGGAGAGGGGGAGAGAAGGGAGAGGGAGGGAUGAGAGGGGAAGAGAGGGUAGAGGGAGGGGAGUGAGGGGGAGGAGUCGCGAGAGGAGCGGUGAGAGAGGCUGGGAAAAAGGCGGAGAGAGAGGCGUGAAUGGGGAGAGGGGGAGAGAGAGGGAGAGGAGCAUUGAGAGAGAAAACGAAGUGGGUCGGAACCGGAGCUUAGAUCGAGGAAAGGAUUCGUGGAAAGGCAAGAGAGGGAGAGAUGCGAUUGUUAGUGGGUAUGAUGAGGAACGGGGGAGGGGGUAUGAGGAGAGAGGGAGGGAAGAUGAGGAGAGAAAUAGGCAGUAUGAGAAGAGAGGGCGGUUGUAUAUGGAUGAGGUGGGAGGGGGAGAGGGCGAGGUUGAGAGGGAGGCAGCAAGGGACGUGCGACGUGAAGUGCGUCGGGGUGCGUCUCGUUCAUGGUCGCCUCCAGGAAGGAGGGGGGAGAGGGCGCAGCGGAGGGAGUCAUGGGAAGCGGAGGGCGCGAGGCGGGAGGAGGCGAGGGGUGAGCGGUUGGAUAAGGGGUUGAAGAGGGGGGUUGGAGAAGAGGGCGACGGUGAGCAGUGGGCGAGAAGACAAGGACAGGAGGAGGCGGGCGGCCGCGAGAGACAGGGGGUGGGGGGUAAUGGCGAGGAGGAGAGGGCGCGGAUGAGACGGCUGUUUGGGAAUAGCUUGGGCGAGGGGCAGCGACGGCGGACGACAGGGGAUGGGGUGAGGGCGGAUGGGCGUCGAGAACUUGUGCCUGGGAGGGAAGAUGGGGGAGAGAGAGUGGUGGUGCGUAGGAGGAGCGAAGGGGCGGAUGGGGAUGGGUUGGAAGCGGUUGAGGAUGUCGUUCAGAGGAAAGGGCGCGGGCCGUUUGCUCGGGUGGGAGCUGUUGGGAGGGCGAUGGAGAGCGAGGAUGCGAGGGGGCAGGGUGAGGAGGGGGGAGGGCGGGAGGGAGGGGAAGAUGGGGGAGGAAGGAGGGAUGGGAGGAGUGAGGAGGCGCCACAGGGGGUGGCGGCAGGAGAGCAGGUGACGGGGAAGAGAGGGCGGCAAGUGGCCGCAGGGGCAAGGGGUCUGGGCGGCAGGCUGUGGCAGUUUGCUGUUAGAGAUGCUGUGAAGCCAGCCGGGGGCGCUCGAGCGCCUGCCCUUGCUGCUCGUGCUGCUGCUGCUGUGGCUCUGGGCGCUGCUGCUGGUUCCCUUGCCGGUGGUGGUGGUGCUGCUGCUGCUCCUGCUGGUGGUGUUGAUGGUGCUGCUGCCGAUCAAGAGAGGACGAGGGAAGCACCUGUAAGAGUGGUGCGCGUUGGUGUGCCGGCACCUGACCGCUCUGCCGUCGGUAGUGCUGUUGACCCCCUUGCUGAUUCUUACACUGCACCUGGCGCCUCUCCUGACGCGUCUCCUGAUGCUUCCCCUGGUGCUUCCGGUGGUGCUUUUCCUGGUGCUGGGAAGGCCACUGCUAGGGCUAGAAAGGAGGUGCAGGUGGUAGACUUGGAGGAAGAGGAGGAGAGAGGGGAGGCGGAGAGAGAGGAGGAGGGAGGGCGAGGGAGUCGCAAGCGGCUGCGGUCUGUGAUAGCACCCAUUCCCACGGCAGCAGAGAAGGCACAGGGGAAGGAGGAGUGGACAGGAGGGGGGGCAGGGGUGGAGGCAGGGGAAGGAGCAGGGGAAGGAGCAGGGGCUGGGAGAGAAGUAGGAGCACAGAGAGGAGCAGAAGGGGCGGAGGCGAGAGAGGGUGCUGGGAGGGAGGAGGAGGGGAGGGGGAGUGUGUGGGCGAGGCUGGGGCGGAGGUGUGUGCAGAGGGGUGGAGAUGGGCGGAUAGUGGUGCAGCGGCAGGCGGACUAUGGGGAAGAGUAUGGGGUAGGGUUUGGGGGGGAGUAUGAGGGAGAGUAUGGGGGAGGGUAUGGGGGAGGGUAUGGGGGAGGGUAUGGGGGAGGGUUUAUGGGGGGGGUUGAGAUGAGAGAGGGGGAUAUGUGGCUUGAGGGAGCGGGAGAGGGAGUAGAGGGUUGGGGGGGUGGAAGAGGAGGGGAGGGAGGAGGAAUGAGAGUGAGGUUUGGGGGAGAGGGGGAUGAGGAUGAGGAGGAGGAUGAGGAGGAGGAGGAGGGAGUGGAGGGGGGGAGGAGAGAGAGGCUGGGAGGUGCUGGGCUAGCAGGAGUAGGAGGAGGAGUGGGUGGGAGUGGGUUGAGAGGGGUGAGGAGGAUCUUUGUGAGAGAGGAUAUGAUUCGAGGGGGUAUGCUUGUCAACGGGAUGGGCAUGGGCAUGGGCGGGGAUGUGGGUCUGGUGAUUGUGCCUUCUGCACUAAACCACCAGCAGUACGAGCAGCAGCAGCAGCAGCAGCAGCUGUUGCUGCACGCACAAAGGAGGCAGCAACAACAGCCGCAGCAGCAGCAGCAGCAGCAGCAGGUGCUGCAGCAGGCACAGGAGCAGCCGCAGCACCAGCCGCAGCAGCAGCAGCAGAGGCCGCAGCUGCAGCAGCGCCAGUGGCGCAGAGUGAAGCCCCAGCCGCCGCAGCAGCAGCAGCCGGACGGCACGCAGGUGCAGCAGCAGGUUUUAGGUCGGCCAAUGGUUGCGCAAUCGGUCGUUAGUGCAGGAAUGGGGAGAGGGCAGGGGAGGGGGGGCCAAGGAGGCAUGGGCCGGGGGAGAGGAAGUUUGACAUGGGUGGCGAAGAGGGAAGAGAGGGAAGAGAAGGGGGAGAAGGGGGAGAAGCGGGAGAAGGGGGAGAAGGGAGAAAAAGAGGGCAAAGGCAGCCCGGGGGGUGAGAAGCGGGAGAGCUUGGAGGCGAUGCGGCAGAGACUGCAGCAGAUGCAGGAGGAGAUGCGGAAGAUCAAAGCGCAGCAGGACAGGGCUGCUGCUGCUGCUGCUGCUGCUGUUGCUAAGCCAUCUGGGGCAGCUCCCAGCGACUCCAAUGGGGUGUCCUCCUCACCGCUCUCCACCGCACCGCUCUCCACCUCACCGCACACGCAACCUUUGAAUCUCCCUCCUGUGCUGCGCAAGUCGCUGUCCUUGGAGGAUUCUGACGACCGCUCUGUGUUCGUCUCCAAUGUGCACUUUGCAGCAACAGUGUCAGCCCUCACCCUCCACUUCGCAGCGUGUGGGGAGAUCCGCCGAGUCACCGUGCUCUCUGACGCCGUCACUGGCAGGCCUAGAGGAUGUGCUUAUAUCGAGUUUUCCACCAAGGAUGCAGUUGACAAGGCCCUAGCACUCAACGAUGCUUCGUUUAUGUCACGCCCGCUUAAGGUCCUCCACAAGCCACAUGCAUCACUGGAGGCAGUCCCCUCCGCUGCGCCACCUGCACCAGCCAUCACUCCCAGGCGCCCCUCCCGCCCUCUCCUCACGCCCACCAAGCUGCCAUCCCCAGCACCUGCUGCUAGUCCCACGAUCUCCUCUGCCCGUCUGGUGGGUCCGACGAGACGAGCUGCCCACCGGCCCUCUGCCAGAGGGAGCUUGCAGUGGAGGCGACAGCCUGAGCCUUCUGCUGCCGCUCUUCCUGCUGCUGGUGCUGCUGGUGCUGCUGAUGCUGCUGGUGCCCUUACUGCUGGUGGUACCGUUGGUGUGCCUGCUCCUGCUGGAGCCAAGGGGGAGGGUAAGGCUGGCGUGAGGAGCAAUGACAUGGGGCCUCUGCCUGGUGGUGCUCAAACCGCAGCAGCGGAUUCUGCUCCUGCUGCUGCUGACACUGCUCCUGCUGCUGCUGCAUCUGCUGCUGAUGCUGGAGAGGCGAAUUGAGGGGCUGAGAGGCAGGACUAGCCGGGCAGAAAUGCAGCAGCCGGAAGCUACUGCUUCCAGGGAGCUUUGACAGGGUCAGCUUCACGAAGUGCAGCAUGCUGUUUGUACAGCAGUUUUCCUUGCUGUCGCUUUGAGCCGUGCUCGUUUGUGUUUGUGGGCUUUCGUCCAGUAUGUCAUCUGUCGCACAGGACAGACAGAAGCGUCUGUUGGAAGACUUCUGAAUCUGAUAUGUUAUGGAACACCCCAACAACGGAAGGGGUCCCCUUCCAUGCGGUAGAUUACCUAUUGUUUGACUUUGAGAAAUAAACAUCUUCGUUGCAA